CGUCAGAGCAAACAAGACAUUUAAUGACUGCUAAAUAGAUGUUUAUAAUGGACUCAAUGCACGACAUAUACCACGACAACCAGUGCCGGCCGGACAGGGGUUGACCAACCGAUAGGUGAUCGAUGGUUUUAGUGGAGAGAUAUGGAUCGGAUACAAUUGGCUGGCAUCAAAUUGAUCAUCAUAUACCUCAGUAAUAGCCAUAACAUUCACUAUAAUUGGCGUAACAUAGUGAACCCCUUUAUAAUAACGACUACCGAUAACGACAAGUCCUGUAUAAACAUAAUAUGGGGGCAGUUGUCGGCUUUUAUGAAAACAAACCUAAUCAUCAUUACC